CUUGCCACUGACUUCAGGGUCGCAGGUUCUUAUCCUGAUAGGCAGUUUGGGCUAUAAAAACGAGGCAGGCACAUUUCCAGACAGCUAUCAGCCAGACUCUGUCUCUGUCAAGCGCUCGUGUCUUUUGGGUGCUUGCUCCUUGUUCCUCCUCUGAAUCGGUAUGGCCCGGCUUGUAUCUCUCGCAUGUUUUGGUCUCCUGCUGGCCCUAGCGGCGUGGGUUUGUGGGGCGCAGGAUAGCGGGGUGAAGCUGUGCGGCCGCGAGUUUAUCCGUACCGUGGUGAUGUCAUGCGGCGGAGCGCGAUGGAAGCGCUACUCCCCAGAGCUUGGACAGCCAAGGGUUAAUCCUUACAGGGAGCUUCUUGAGUGGCUGGACAGUGACAAAUUCAACAGCCUGGGGCACCUUGAAACAACUGCAGAGCCCCAGGAUUGGAGCCUGGAUGCUGGGAUCUAUGGGACAUCUGCAGAGAGGUCUCAGGACUUCUCUCAGAGUCACGUGGAGACAGACAGAGACAGCUCAGAGGGGGAAUUCCAGCUCCAGAAGUGGUCUCCCCGAUCCAGACGGGAUGCAGGCCCGGCAAAGGUGUGCUGCAAGUGGGGCUGCACCAAGAGCGAGCUGGCUAAGUUCUGCUGACCCCCGUGAUACUCACCGCUGCCUGGAUCCACUCAGCCACCUGCUGCUCAAGACUGAGCGACUCUACGGAGCACAGUGUCCAGCAUGCUGGAUGUUUCAUUUCCUAUAGACUGCUCUCAAACGUCUUCCCCCCCAGUAAAAUAACUGGGGUUUAUUUCAAUCAUCUAUACAGCUAUGGCCAAAAGUUUUGCAUCACCUAGAAUAUUAGGAUUGAGACAUAAUUAAAAAGAAAAAAACUAUAUAAACAUAAUUUAGAUAUUUUAUUUAACAUCAUGCAAAUCAAAGAAACUACAAAAUUAUAUUGCAGAAGUCUACCGGUAGGCAUGAUAGUAGUACAGUGUUUCAUGUUAGAUAUUGAAAUGUCACAUUAUAUGGAAAGCUACAAAGCGAUAUGUAAUUUAAUAUGCUA